AUGCCAACUCAAAUCUCUGAAUUCAGUGCAAAGGCCCUUCCAACAAUAAGCUUGGUAUGGAAAGCAAAGGCAAUAGUGAAAAAUGUAAUCAAACUAAUGGAGGAAGAGAAUCUGACGGAAAAAGAACAGCUUAAGAUGUUACAGAACUGUGAUGAAAGUGGUUUUAUGAUACCACCACCUAGAUUACAAUUAAUAUCAAGCUCUGUGACGCUAGAAAGUAAAUGA